AGGAGUCACCUGAAACAUUUAUACCUUCUUUGCGCAUUCAGGGAACCUCAGCUCCUUUUUACAUUUCUCUACUAACACAAAACUUAUUUGGUGUUUUCUGAUUACGAAUUCGAUUUUGGAAGAUCUCGUAUCCAGUUUCACCAUUCGCGACCCUAACGGAGGAGGUGGUCAGGUCGAUCGAUCAUGAAGUUUGGUUAUUCCUCUGGUCAAAUUCGAUUUGUCAGUUCCAAGAUCAUCUUAUUCGCUUCAUUGGGUCUUCGUUUUUUUUUUGCGGUUGCUGAGGAAAUGGGUGUUUUAAAGCAACUGAUAUAGCAAUGUCGAAGCCAAUCUUGCUCGUGUUUCUGCUAGUUAUACUUAUAGUCACCUCUCAGUUUGAAUGGAGACAACCACUUGUUGAGUUAGAUACAGCCACCAGCUUGUCUCAGAAACAGCAGCAAAUUUCAGAUAGGGAAGAAGCUGUUAAAGAGAAGAUCAUCAUAUCACAAGAGAGACAUAUCCAGAGGCUAAAUGAGCUUGUGAGGAGUCUUCAGUUGCAGUUGCUGCGAUGCAAGGGAGAGAAUGAGACCCAAAAUGCCACCAAAAGCUAUCAUGUAAACAAACAAUUCAUCGAGGUCGAAAGGAAACAAAUCCUGGAAGGCUAAACUCAGCUACGGAAAACAUUUCUAAAUAACUGAAUCGGUAUGUAAAAGUUGUGAAAGAAAACCACUCUUUAAUUUUGUGUUGAAAUGUUGUAUUGAAGUGUAUCUGACCCGUAUCAGUGUUAAGAACAAACAAGAGAUCUUUGUUGAAUCUAAUCGAAUGGUUUGUUUACAAGCUA